AACAUGACAAUGAGUGCACUGUUCUUCAGUGGCCUUCCCAGUCAGUGAAUCUGAAUAAAAUAGAACAUAUUUGGGAUGUGGUAGAACAGCAUGAAUUUGCAGCUGACAAAUCUGCUGAAUUUGUGUGAUGCAAUCAUGUCAACAUGGACCAAGGAAUGUUUCCAACAUCUUGUGAAAUUCAUGCCAUGAAGAAUUGAGGCUGUUUUCAGAGCAAAGGCCCUACUCAGUAUUAGUAAAGUGUUGCUAAUAAAGUGCUCAGUGAGUGUAUAUACUGGAUAUAAAGAGGUAUAUAAUCCAGUAAAUUAAAUGUAAAUAUAUGGGUUAUAAUGUGUGCAGUAUAGCUGAUGUAUACAGCAUUCUCUGAAAUAGUAGUAACUAGCAAUUGUUACCUCAAGGAUCUAUUUAUACAUGAUCUAACCCAUAAUACCACAUGAAUCAUAUUUCUAGGUUACCUGACAAAAAAUGUUUUAGUGUGUGAAUAAUUUUCAUAAUGGGGGCUUAUUUUAGGUUACACAUUAUGGCCUGUGAAAAUUGGAAGGAGAUUUAAACAGUACACUGUACUGUUUGUUCCAUGGGGCUUUCUACUUCUCUGAGAGAGAAAGCUGACCAGCAGGACAUCGAAAUAGGAAUGGCAUUUCAUCAUGUUCAGAUUAGACUUUGAUUCAAGACACUGAUGCUAUCUGAUCUAAGAAAAAUACUGGCAGCUUGGAAGUAAAACUCAGCAUAUACCCAGAGAGACGAGAGCAUUUCCAAAUGGGUGGGGAUGUUUUCCAUCUUAGCGCAAAGUAAUUACCAGUUUUUGUGCAUUGAGCCUACGUGACAAUGUUGUUUACACUAGCCCACCUACACUUAUAUUGGUGGGCUUAAAUCAAGUACUUAAAAGGCAACUCAUCAGACAAAGUGACUCCAGUCAGGAAUAUUAAGAAGGAAUCCAGCUGGAAUAUUAAGUAGUGAUCAGACUGCAUCAUUACCAGAUAUGCAUAGCUUUUUUGUGCUUGGGCUUGUGUUUCCUGAUGGCAUUCACUGAUAGUUAACUUGAGAUAGUAACUACAAAUGUCACAGAUUAAAUAGACAAAUUGACAAUCAUUAUACACAAAGUAUAUAAGGACAUUGAUGAACGUAGUUUUAUGUGCAUAUAAAAGUUUCAGAAGACAAGGAUCUACUUGGACAGAUCAACUCUGGCUCUAAUUACCGAUGUAUUUCAAAACAUCUGACUCUGUUUUCCAUGGCGUCACAUAAGUAAACUAAAUACGGAUUUAAUUACAGUCUUGGGGCAACACAAAAAUGUGUCCUGUUGUUUUCUGAAACAUUUUGGUAAAUAUACUGAUAUACAGUGGCCCCAAAAGGUAUAUGGACACUUGUCACGCUUGAAUUCACGAAAUGAAUGAAUAACAUUGCAUUAGAUAUAAAAAGAAAACCAAGUGAUAUCUGCAAACAAAUGAUCAUAGACCUUUUCUCACAACUCUACUAUCUUAGCUACUUUCUUAUUUUUGAUUUUUAACCAACUGGUCUCAAUGUGAUUUUAAUGGAUGUACUUAGUCGGUUUCCUCCUCAAGUUCGCACAGGUGUAGUUUAUCACAUUAACUAUUAACAGCCAGAAAGUGCCCAAAAUUGAAUCAUUUCUCAGUCUGAGUGUGAAAAAUUUAAAACUUAAGUAGGUGGAUUUACUGACCCUUUCUAUUCAUUCUACAACAUAGCCUAUCUAUUGUUUUAUUAUGUGAAACCCAACAAAUGUCUUAGGAUUGGACAUUAUAUUUGGCUUUCAAGUCCAUACACUGUAAACACAGUGCAGUUUUCACUAAUUGCUUGAUAACAUUCUGGAACAAUUAGCAACACUCUGGAUUACAGGUUUUCCAUAAUUUACAUAUAAUAGAUUAAAACACAGCCAUUUUUACUUGCGUGGCCAGUCGACUUCCAGACCAAGAGGAACAAGCACUCCGGAGUCACUGGAAGGCUAGCCGGGAGUGGCCUCUGAAUGGCAGGAAGUAAAGCCAUCAAUAUUUACUCUGUAUGCAGCAGCCAGAGUGUGUGCAAGGACCAGCAGCACAGAGGAGAGCAAUUCAGAGCCGAGCGGCUUCCACUAAAUCCCUCUCCCACCCUCACGAUAAUUGCAGCACAGACAGACUGACUGGCCCUCUCAAUCUGUUUAACUCAUGACUUCCUUGUGUGGAUAGAGGUUAUCGUGCCUUUUUUACAUUAAGGAAUGUUGGCCAUUUGCAGCGCCACAUGUGAUUGUAUGAUUGCGGCAUUAUAUGAUUGCGGUAUGGAAUGGUGCCUUCCUUGUAAUUGAGAUGAAGGCUUCUGAGAUGCUUGCUGUACUAGUUGUUUUGACGUAUUCAGGGAGCUACACAGCUCUUGCAGAUCAUGAAUCGGACUCUCCCCCAGAGGAUGAUAAGUGGGAUGGAGGUGAUAUACAGUGCACAUGUGAGAACACAUAUGCCUGUGUUAACAACACCUGCUUGGGCCGUAUCUGCUUCUACAGUUCGGUCCAUAACCGGGUUGUCAGAGGCUGUUUUCCAACCAGCGAGCAGUGCCAUGUACCUGAUGUUCCUGAUGUGUAUUCUAAGUGCUGCUUCACACAUUUCUGUAAUGCUAACCUCAGUGUGCCUGAACCAACAGAAAAGCCUGUUGGAAUGAUCCUGCUGGUGGGAGUGCCACUGUUAGUGCUGCUGGUGAUGUCAAUGGCAGCCUGCGGCCUUGUACUGUGGCUGCGCACAAGGCGACAGCACCACCAACUGAUGGAGCAUGACACAUCCAUGAUCAAAGUACCCAUUGGAGGGGACCCUAAUUAUGGGGAUAUCUUUGAUGAGUUUUGUACAUCAGGCAGUGGGACUGGCCUACCCUAUCUGGUGCAGAGGACAAUGGCUCGACAGAUCUCGCUGGUUGAGUGUGUUGGUAAAGGCCGUUAUGGAGAGGUAUGGAGAGGAACGUGGAUGGGGGAGAGUGUGGCUGUCAAGAUUUUCUCCUCUCGUGAUGAGCAGUCUUGGAUUAGAGAGACAGAGAUCUACAACACGGUCCAACUAAGGCAUGAAAACAUCUUGGGCUUCAUUGCAUCAGACAUGACAUCUAAAAACUCCAGCACUCAACUGUGGCUGGUCACUCACUUCCAUGAGUUGGGCUCCCUUUACGACUUCCUGCAGGACACCACAAUGGGCCCAGAGGGCUGCCUGCGCAUGUGCCUGUCUAUUGCCAGUGGCUUAGUGCAUCUCCACACAGAGAUCCUCACUACACAGGGCAAACCGGCCAUCGCACACAGAGACCUGAAGAGCCGCAACAUCCUGGUAAAAAGAAAUGGCCAGUGCUGCAUUGCUGACCUAGGCCUAGCCGUCAUUCACUCUCAAUCGAAUGACUAUCUGGAUGUGGGCAACAAUCCAAGAGUGGGAACCAAACGCUAUAUGGCACCAGAGGUUUUGGACGAGACUAUUCGUGUAGAUGUUUUUGAGUCCUACAAACAGACUGAUAUCUGGGCACUGGGCCUUGUCCUCUGGGAAAUAACCCGCCGAACUAUUGUUAAUGGGAUUGUGGAGGAGUACAGACCGCCGUUCUUUGACAUGGUGCCUUCUGACCCCAGUUUUGAGGAGAUGAAGAAAGUGGUGUGCGUUGACCAGCAUAGGCCUAGUCUACACAAUCGACUACACUCUCAUCCGAUCCUGUCUUCACUUGCCAAGAUUAUGAAAGAGUGCUGGUUCCAAAGCCCUUCGGCUCGACUCACUGCCCUGCGUGUGCGCAAGACUCUCUCCAAACUGGACCAGGACCAUGACUACGACAUAGACAAGCUCAAACUGGACCUCUAGAAUAAGGCUGCCAUCGUGCAAAACAGAGGCAGUUAAAUUCUAAUGGACCUUAAUGACAUAUCCAUUCCGACUUUCUUAAUGUGCCUUUUUAAGCUUCUUCUGAUCUUCUGCGCAGUAUUGUCUUAAUCUUAAGGCUCCAAUGAACAUAGUUUAUCUUAUCCUGAAAUUGGCUCUCUGUGGUAAAUUGAGCCCAUAGCAGUGAUGUUAAAUGUUUCCUCUGGAACAUAGCCACACAACUGCUCUUCUAGGGCGACUUGCAUAUUUCAACACGGUGAUUCAUUUGUUACUGAAAGUAAAACAUGACUGAUUUUGACCCACAAAAUUAUUUUUGUAUAGUGAGCGUGAGAGUGAGAGAGUUUUACCAUGUUGUGAUGUUUUACCCGAUAGGAUGUGGGUUAUUCUGAACUUCCUUACUGCAGAGUUUCCUGAAAUUCUGACAUUCCUGGACAUUAGUCUGAAGAAGGGAGUUUGGUACAUGCUUUAUACUGUUUGUUGCACGUCUUCUAUGAAGCUGAUUUUUUUUCUCCAUGAAAGACAUUGGAAUGGACCUUUUUUUUUUCUUUUUUUUACAAGAAUGAAACUGAUAUACAACUUUCACCAAGAAAUUAUUCAAACAUAGGAAAUAUUAUUGUUAAAUGCUACAUGUUUUUUAUUACCUAGCUGUACUGUAUCUUUUUUUUUAACUAUGUAAGAAAAACAUUUACAAUGCAUUUGCUUUUUGAGAACUUAUAAUCUUAUCGGAACAUUUUUAUACGAUGUUUGUGCACAAAUGCCUAAUAUUAUUUUCACUACACAUCUAUUUACGGAUUAAUAAAACUUAAGAGUAUUGAAGCAGACUUUCCCAAUUAUUUUAAUAUUUCCCUUUAGAAGUAGGCCUAAAAGGAAUACAAAUGCAAAGUUAAUUUUUUCCACUAGAGGGAAGCAUUAAUUGGCAGUUUUUCUAAAACGUCUUGGUUCUCCUUGCAUCUUUAUCCAUCAAACUGGUUUGAGCAAACUGUGCCAAGAACUGUGGUUUAUGAAUGCAGCAUCAAUGCAGUAGGCUUAAAAGGGAAAUAAAGAAUCAAUUUCCUUGCUUCAAUCCAUCUCUUCAAAUGAUAAACAAUAUGCACCCUGUUUUACAAGCCAUGCAGUCUUGCAAUUGUUAGAAUUGUUGUUCAGUACAAGAGACAUUAAAGGACCUGAUACCCCAUGGGUUCUACCAAGACACACCUUGGCAUUGUUGAAUAACAUUUCACAAAUACAAUACUGAAUGCAUCCUUCAUGAUCAUGUUUCAGACAGACCUAUAUAUACCCCCAUGUGCAAAUAGAUCUCUCACGUAUCAUAUUCAUGGAAAUUAAACUGCCAAAUGGAUGUUUUUCCAUUAUUAAUCCCUUCCUACGCACACAGACACACGGUGGAGACCAAAAGAGCAGAUGUUCCCCUGAUUGAUGGAUAUUUAUAAGAUGUUUAUCUUGUUUUUUUCCACGCCAAAGUUUCCCAUCAGUAUGGUGUUUGUCUUGUUGUCAGACUGUAUGGCUAAAUGAGAGGAUGGGCAUUGAUUCCUCUCUGCCGGUUUAUCUAUAUCUGAGCCCUCAGUAUAUCCGUCUGUGGUGGAGCACAGAGAGGGGCUUUGCUGGAGAUAAUUCCCCUGCACUGCCCUACUCUGUCUGUCCAGUCAGAUGGAGAGAGGGUUAUUUUUAACAGAGCAUAGGGGGGCUGUGUGGAGUAUCAAUGCCCUGUAAUGCAUAAAAGAGGUAGGCCAGACUCAUUUCUUACACUCAAUUCCUCUUCUCUGAAAUUGUGCUCCUCCAUCUUCCAUGACAUUUUUACAGUGAGUCGACCCAUUUCAGAUGCCUUUGUUUGAAAAAUCGGAUAUGAACACCCAGCUGAAAUAUGCAGAUAAAUUUGAUAAUUGAGAGAUAUGACCCCACUUUAUAGACAAUAGACAAGAUCUCUAUGUAGUCAAACAAAGAGUUUAAUGGUAACAAAAGAGGUUUAAUACUCUGUAGGCCAUUCUAUUCUCAUUGUAUUUGACAUUUGUCUUGAGAGCAUCUUGAAAGAAAUCUCUGCAUAAUUAGAUUAGAUCUUCAUCGUUUCUCUUGUACCCAUAAGGCUUAAUGCACCAUCUCAGUAGCAGAGGGUGCUCUCUUGUCAUGUGGCCAUUAAGAGGACAAACAGCUAGUGCAUUAAAUGUCUCUUUAUUCCAUGAAAUUAAAAUCACAAGCUCCUGCUCUGCUGUCCUGGGUUAGGUCCUGGCAAAAGCACUAGCGCUCCUAUAGAAAUAUAUUCAAUGUCUUUCCCUGAAGAGAUGUAUUUCAUCAUCAAGAGAUUUUUCAUACAAGGACUUAUAAAUGUUAAAUGUUAUUAUUAUUAUUAUUAUUUGUUAUCAGUGAUUUGAUAUUGAGUGUCUCUGAAGCUCAACCCAAGCUGUGUUUUUUUAUGGGAGCUCUGAAUGAUUUCAUGCUACUCACAUGGGUUCUGUAAGCUCCUUUGGAUCACACACAUCACACAAUGUGGCUUAUGCUCCCAAAGGUAACUUUGGCUCCGAAGUCAUAUUAAAAACUGAAAGAACUGGAGAAUGUAAUAAUAAUUAAAAAAAAAAGGGUAAAAAAACAACAACAAAAUUGCAGAUCUCAAUCUGCCCCUCUCUUCAGAAGUCAGACCUCUUUCAAGAUAAAUAAAACACGUUUUUGUUGCCUUAGAUUGAGAUCUCUUCUUUAACUCUCAUGUUCUGUUGCGAUUGACUGUAUGUUUUUAUGUUUGGGGUCCCAGAGAACUCAACUGUAGUAUGUGUAAAAAUAAUAAUGUAAAUUUGAUAUUAGCCUUGAUUUCCUUUUAGAUUUGUGUUCCUCUGAAUUAAUUUAAACUCAGUUGGUAGAUAGUAUCACAGAUUUAACCCCUCUGGUCUCAGAAAUUAGGCAUGCAUUAUUCAUAAAUGUAACCAUUAUCCAAUAUAGUCAUGUUGUUUCUGUUUGGGCUCAAUGUGAAACCAGUUAAACACAUUG